GGACAGUGGAUUACAGACAGAGAGAGAGAGAGAAAAACACUUUACUAAAUACAAGCUUAGGGCUGGUACGAACUGAAUCUUUCGGGCCUGGAAAAAAUGAAGACGUCUAGUUCGAAUGAGCGAGGCUAGCUGCAUCCUGUAAAGUUGGCGAAGAUUUCAAACUGCCCCCAAAUCAGCAAGGGGCAAGGGGGCGGAAAGUCACCCCCACCAGACCCCCUUUCCCCCCCCAACCCAUGUAACUGUUGGGGAGAGAGUUCCAGCAAAGCUGUUUUCUUCCCUCCCCUGGAUUUUAGACAGAAAGAAACAUUGAAGGGAGAAUUCUUGCUUCUCUCUCUCUCUCUCCUCCACCUCCCCCCCUAGAAUGACGUCUGGGGUAAAUCUGAAAUCGAACCCGGCUUUGCCGCCCCGAGUCGAGGAGCGAAGGCGUCGGAGUCCCCUGGAUCAUUUCCCUCCUCCGGCUAACUCCAACAAGCCGCUCACGCCUUUCAGCAUUGAGGAUAUCCUGAACAAGCCUUCGGUGAAAAAAACUUCCCAUCUUUGCUCCUCCAGCCACCCGGGCGGCCCCGAGAAAGCAUCGGGUCCCGGGGUUGUCAGGAACGGGCUGGCCUCUCAAGCUUCGCCACUCUGUGCUCUGGAAGAACUCGCCAGUAAAACUUUCAAGGGUCUGGAAUUGAGUGUAAUACAAGCGGCCGAAGGCCGAGAUCAUGUCACGACGUUUGGCCAAAGACAAACAUCGAAGAAGAGAAGAAAGUCCCGCACAGCCUUCACUAACCAUCAGAUUUACGAGCUGGAGAAGAGGUUCCUUUAUCAGAAGUACUUGUCUCCCGCUGAUAGGGAUCAAAUUGCUCAGCAAUUGGGCCUGACAAACGCCCAGGUGAUAACGUGGUUUCAGAACAGGCGGGCCAAACUGAAGCGGGACCUGGAGGAGAUGAAAGCCGACGUGGAGUCCCUGAAGAAGCUGCCGCCCCAGCAGCUGGAGAGACUGGUUCACAUGGACGUGUUCCCAGAGGACGGGGCCAGCUCCAAAUGCGAGCCCACGGACCUUUCCCCAAAACCGUCCCCGGCGCCUGGACUCGGGCCCUUUCCCAGCUCGCCUCAGUGUUCCUCCAGAGAUCAGACUACUGAUGAAUUCUCUGAAGACGAGGAAAUCGAAGUGGACGAUUGACUGAGAUGAAGCGAAACUAUAUUUGAGUAUCUCUAAGUGAGGAAUUGGGAAAAUUUUUAAAACGACACAGGGAGUGAACUCUGCCAGCGAAUAGGAAGAAGGCACAAAUGGAUUUAACUGCUUUAAAUUUAAAAUAAAGCAAUUUCUUUGCGUCCUUUUUAAACUUUUUGACAUUGGAAUCUCUGCACGUUGUUGAAUCUCUCCGAAGGAACAAAUACAUUCGGACACAAGGCGAUACAGACUUACUACCUCGCCUUGUAUGUAAGAAGUUCUAUCGGUUUAAUUUUCUUUGGGUGGGGGAAUGAGUGCAAUUCCAUUCAUAUAUUAACCCGUCUUGGUUUUUUUUUGGGUUCUUUUGUUCAUUUAAUUUGACCGAUCAGAAUCCUGGACUAAGUCCUCAAGCAACACAUUUUGACGUGGACUGCUCAGCAGAUUCAGCCUCCUGUUCAUAAUCUUUUUUUAAGAAAAAAAAAAUCAAUGUUCAAAAAAGCUGAAGAUUAAUACACGUGGUUAAUUUAUCUUUGAGAAAGCGGGACCCAUUUUUAUUUUUUUUUCACAUCCUUUCCUUCCCCAUUUAUACAUUAGAAAAUAGAACCCGUGUUGCAAAAUUUAUGGUAUGCCAUCUUAGCCCUAAAACAAUACGCUGUUAUUUGUAAAACCAAAAAAAUUCCCUGGUUCUGUUUCGUAAUCUCUCACAACAACUUUUAAAUUACCAAGCCUAAUCGAGUGCAUCCUUUAAGUUAUUAAAGUAUUGUUAAACUGACGAGGAAUAGGGGUGGGGGGUUGGAAACGCGGGAUGAAAUGGCUGUGUAUAUAUUUUGAAUAAAGACAUAAGAGCCGAACUGUA